AGAAAUAUGAUAAUGGGCGAGUCAUGGGUUAUUUGGUGGGCAAUAUGGGCGGUGUUCGUUUCUGGAUAUGGAAGUCUGGUUGUAGAUGGCGUGGCAUGGAAUGGGACAGUAUAUGUGGUUGGUGACAGUGCCGCAGGAACAACAGACAAAGAUUUCAUAUGUGCUACCUUGGAUUGGUGGCCUCAAACUAAGUGUGACAGUAAGACUCAGAACUGUCCUUGGGCCAAUGCUUCUCUCCUAAAUUUGGAUCUCAUCAGUCAUCCCACUCUUUCAAAUGCAAUAAAAGCAUUCUCUCCUUUAAGAAUUCGGUUGGGUGGCACUUUACAAGAUAAGGUCAUCUACCAAACGAGUGUUAAUGAAACAUGCAAGCCAUUUCAAUCUGACCGCGCACAAUUAUUUGAGUUUACUAAAGGGUGCUUACCUUUGUCGAGAUGGGAUGAACUAAAUCGCUUCUUCAAAAGAUCACGUGCUGCCAUCAUUUUUGGCUUGAAUGCUCUAUAUGGAAGACACGUAAAUUUGGACGGUUCUACUACGGGAGACUGGAAUUCAACAAAUGCUGAGUUUCUCAUUCGAUAUUCUGCUCAUAGGAAAUAUCCUAUCAUCGCUUGGGAAUUCGGGAAUGAGUUAGUUGGAAAGAGCGCAAUAGGGGCAAAGAUAUCUGCAGAUCAGUAUGCUAACGACACCAUCCGUUUUCACCACAUAAUCCAAAAGAUUUACUCCAGUUCACGUUACAAGCCGCUAAUCAUAGCACCUGGAGGGUUCUAUGAUGCACAUUGGUUCGAAGAGUAUCUAAGUAAAACCAACGACACUCUGGACGUCAUUACUCAACACAUAUAUAAUCUCGGUGAAGGGAGCAGUAAAAACGUGAUAGGCAAAAUCCUGGAAACGGUUGCUAAUUUUUCAGCAAACAAUGACUUCAUUCCACUGCAUGAACUUCUUAAAAACUACAAUCCCUCCCGGAGGCACAAAGUCGUUGCUUGGGUGGGCGAAUCUGGAGGGGCGUACAACAGCGGCGCGCCCAACGCGUCAAACGCAUUCGUUAAUAGUUUCUGGUACCUGGACCAGCUUGGGACGUCGGCCCGGUAUGACACAAAAACAUACUGCCGACAGACACUAAUCGGAGGGAACUACGGUUUACUUGACGCUACUACCUUCCUCCCAAAUCCCGAUUACUACAGUGCUCUUCUUUGGCACAAAUUGAUGGGACCCAAAUCGCUCGCCACAGCUUUUGUAGGGACCAACAGCGGCGUGAUACGUGGUUAUAUCCAUUGUUCAAAGACAAAUAAUCCAAACACAAAUGGAGGAGUAACGAUGUUGUUGAUGAACUUACACGGUAGCACCAAUGUCACAAUUGACACAUUAUCACUAAAAUGCGUGGGCAAGAAUACGUGGGGAGCAUGCCCUUGGCCGGCCGGGUAUGGAAACCCAACGGCCAAUUAUACCAGAGAAGAGUAUCACUUGAAGCCAGCUCAGGCGGGAGAUUUAAGCAGCCGAACCGUGCGGCUAAACGGGAGACAACUGAGCGGGGUCCCGGACAAAUUGGACCCGGUAACUGUCCCUUCGGUGCAGAACAUAACUGUGGCGCCCUAUUCCAUUGUUUUUGUUCGACUGCCGGACUUGCGCCUGCCUGCUUGCAAUUAAUGCCCACCCGCAGUUCACCACAACAAUGACCAUAAUUUAUUCUCUCCCCCAUGUCACUAAGUUUGGCUAUAUUUACUUUUUCUCUUGGUCAAAAGUAAAAUCACUACAAACAAAUUAUGGGAUUGGCAUGAAUUUGACCUGGGUUUUUCGAUAGUUUCGUGCCAAUUUGUGCAAAUAGUUCGUGUCAAAUUCUUUUUGGUACGGAGUUUGCAUAUCCCUGCCAAAAUGCUUGAUAAUUUCGGAAAAGCCCUACCAAAAAUCUCUGUCAAUCCCGUGUUUUUUUGUAGCGUAUCAAGUUUCAUCAAUUACACUUUCUAUUUUUAAUACAAAACUAUUUAAAAUAUGAGAAACCUUUUUUAUUUUUUCCUUCACAAAUUUUACACAAACAUGGCAACUAAAGUCUCUCUUCAAUUUUUUUCAUUAUUACCUACAAAAGUCAAUAUCUCUAAAUUUGGUGGGAUAGAGGGAGUGAUUAUUAAUGCACCAGGUACUCGGCCUCAUUAUUCUUCGGGUCAGCCGGCCACUAUAUAUAUUUAUAUACUACAUGUGUACCUAGCUACACUUUGGUGGUGUGUUGUAAUUGACUAGGGAGUAUUAUAUUGUUUGGUGGCUGAACCUUCUCUAUACAUGUUACUUCUACAUUUGUUCUGCGUACCAAUGAACUGUCUAUCUAUACAUUCC